UUCAGGCAAAACUUUAGGAACAAAAGCUACCAGACCACAGCCAUGCAGCCUGGAAAACCCACAACAGCCAGUUGCUCCUGGCUGUGAAAGUCUUCAACAAAUGGUGGCAGUGAAUAUUGAAUCCCUUCCAGAAAUGCAUGCAUUUCUUGGUGGUUGUUUUUUGUUUAAGGUGUCUGGACAGGAACAGUCUCCUACGGGUAAAAGGAUACUCUCUAUUCCCAUUUGGCCUCAAAGCCUUGGCAUCUCUCAGGACUGCAUGUAUGAGGAGCAACAAAAGCAGCUAGCAAAAGAAAGAGAGAGAGGAGAGGCCAAAGAAAAUACAUUAGAGGCUUCAGAAGAGAUCGUAAUAGUAUCACAAAGGUUACCUACAGAUUUACACCAUAGUUUUCAGUUGUCUUCAGCCUACUCUCAUUAUUUGCCUGAUAGUGAUGUCCCAGUAGUAACAACUUGCCAUUCAAAAGGAGCGGUCACUGUGGAUUACAUCUUCUAUUCUGAAGCAAGGGACAACAUGGCUGACCAGUCAGAAAAAGGAAGAAAAAGGAUGGUUAUGUCCAUAGCAAAAAAAGAAAAAGGGCCAUUUCAUGGAGAAUAUGGCAAAAUGCUAACAGGGGACAGAGAAAAGGCAGAACUACACCACAUCUUCUUUGCCUCAAUCUUCUGUCAAAAGGAAAACAGUAAUCAACCAAAAGAAAUGAAACAGAAGAUGCAGUAGGAGAAAUUCAUCAGCAUGGAACCAAUAAAGAAGGUAGUACAGGAAUACCUGGCUUUUAAUGAAUUCAAAUCUCCAGGGCCUGAUGAACUACAUCACAUAGUAUUAAAAGAACUGGCAGAAGUAAUCUCAGAAUCACUUGCAAGAAUUCCUGAAGAACAAGGAACAGUCUCAGCAGACUGGAGGAGCGCUAAUGUUGUCCUCAUCUUCAAAAAGGGGAAAAAAGAGGACCCAAAAAUUACU